ACCUUUUGAAGUUAACGAUCAGCUGAUCACUUUGCAUUCGUCUCUCUUUAUUACAUUUCAAGUUCAUUUCUAUUGUCACGACGUUGUUGUUUAAAUUUAGAGAAAGCGUGAUCGAAGUUUUGAUUGCUCGACAAAUUUUGCGCGUUGCCUCGAUAAUUAUUCACGUGUUGUUCCGGUUUUAAAAAUGGUUCGAAGGUAGUUUAAAUAUUUAAACGAUGGAUGGGUUUCUGGGGGUAGACCACGGCUCCAAUUUGCCGUCGUCGCCUUCAAAUUCUUUUAUGGCGGAUGAGGUUGCCUCGAUAUGUCCUCUCAUCACACCUUCGCCGCCAACAAAUGAUCUGAUUAACCCUCUGCCGGAACCAAGCGAGUCCAAUUUCGUCAUUGGCGAGGAACUAGCAGAAAAAUUACAACACGUGAAAGAUGAUCACGUUGAUUCGGCUUCCUCUACGUCUUCUGCAGAACCAGCCUGUACUCAAUUGCUUAACCACCGAAAUAGCAUGUACCAUCAUAUAGCUAAAGAGCAAGAAGCAACCACUGAGGAAGCCAAUGACGCAAACCAGCCUCUACAAUUGACGUUUAGAAAUCCCCCCGAAGAUUACUUCUUUAUGUCGUGGAAUUGGCCGAUGAUUAGGAAAAUUUCGUUAUGGAUAUUUAUGUCGGGACUGGUGGCCAUGCUCGCGUUAGUAGUGGCAAUGAUUUAUAAUUUACCGAAAACGUGCAAUCCUCCGACCCAGUGGUACCAAGGGCACUUGUUUUACGAAAUUUUCCCCGCGGGUUUUUACAGCAGCAGCCACGGCAAACACGGCGAUCUCAGAGGUAUUUCAAUGAAGAUGCAUUACAUCGAGAGGCUGGGUGUGAGAGCGGUGAGAUUAAAUUCGAUAUUCCGGACCCAGCAUUAUCCCGUAGAUUUUGAAAAUGCCACGAAUCUUAGGAUGAUCGAUCCUAGUUUAGGCACGUACGACGAUCUGAGGGACUUGGCGAAAAAUUUCAAGUCCAGAAAUAUAUCUUUGCUACUCGACAUUCCGGUGUCGUCCUUACUAAUCAAGCAAGGUCCCAUAAACCACUCAGUCCAGAUAAUUAAAAAUAGCAGCCACCAACCAGCCGGCGAGUUUCUAAAAGCCAAAAAUGAUGUAUUCGUUCAAGUCGAAGAAGUUCUCGCCUUUUGGUCGGCUAAUGGCAUCGACGGGUUUUACCUGAAAGGUCUGGAAAGUUUCAUCGAAGAUGUCGACUUUCCGUCAUACCUGAGACGAUGGAAAAAGAUUCUGGGACCUGAGAAAAUAAUAAUGGUUAGCGAACAUGUUAUUCACUUAUCGCCUAAGCCAAUUGUAAACAUCGUGCUGAACAAUGUAGACCUAGUCGAUGUCAAGCUGGAUAUAGAGAAAGGCGUGCUGGCGGUCAGCAAGCAAAUAGACUCUAUCCAAAACGGCACCCUAUUCUCUGAACGCAGCAUGCCUUGGAUCCAUUGGUCUCUAGCAAACGUUAAUUCAAAUCGAUUAGCGAGUAUUUUGCCGUUCGGAAACGCCACGUUAGGAGCCACUUUGCUGCAGAUGAUGUUGCCCGGCACCCCUUCGAUUUUUUAUGGAGACGAAAUUGGCCUCCAAGACGAGAAGUCAGAGUUCGGCCAUCUACAUCAACUAGGGAUGAUGCCGUGGAAUCAUCGCGAGUCGAACAUCCAACCUUGGGUAGCCAAUGACGAACCCGAAGACGUGUUCGACCAAACAGACGUCAUAUCCCAGAUGGUAGCGUUGAGAAGCGCGUCUCCGUCUAUUUACAUGAACGCCGUGUUCAAGGAAAACGUCAAUAAAGUCAACGCCGAGGUGAAGUACUCGCAAAAAGAUUUUUUGGUUAUUCAGAGGUGGUACCCGAGACGAAAGUCGUAUGUGGUUGCAAGCAAUAUGGGCAGCGAAAAAAUUUCCGCCGAUUUAUCGGCGCUGCUCUAUACUGGGAAGGUAAUGGUCGGUCCUAAAGCCGGUUCUAGCACUGGAACUAUAUCGUUCAAGGCGGUCAGGCUUUGUCCCGGCGAAUCUGUAGUUAUCGAGUUAGAUUAGGUUAACUCUGUAAGAAAAUAAAGUUGUACAUAACUA